AUGAAGAUUCAGGCGGGCCAAUUGGGCCUGGACGAUAAUGACGUGCCGGGACCAUUGCCGGACACAGACAGCAAACCCUCAUCACAAUCACAAAAUGACACACCAAUGUUUAAAUUGGGCAACUUUGAAAGUCCUGUGCUCAAGGAGCUAUCACGGCGAACGGUAAACAAGGAAAUGGAGACGCAGAGAAUUAUGACAAACGUAAUUGCGUUUGCGUUCUGGAACCUGCUGGUGAAGUUCAUCAAGUUCUUUUGGAACAACACUCAUGUUGGGAGACAGUUUUGCAACCGGCUAUCCAGAAUCCAUCUGUACAUGUUGACAUUUCACACGUUAAAGAAGGCUAACAUCAUAUAUCACACCACGUUCAGUUGGUUGAAUGCAGAACUUCUUGACUACUUGUUCCACCUAUUAAUCUCGCUCAAUAUACUGUUUUCUCUUUGGAAGCUCUUAUCCACCGUCAAAGUAAGUGAUUUGAAUCUCACUGACAGGCAAAAGAAGCUCCUGGGGGUAGACAUGCAAUCAUCUGUCGAUACUGGGUUGCAGCCACAACACCCCCACUACGUAUCCACUUCUAAGAUCAGCCAAAUGGCACAGAACAAAACACAUAUUCCUCAAACAAAUCUCAAAAAUCAUCCAGCAUAUCUCUUCAAAGGCUUAGAGACGCCUUUGAAAGCAAGACAAAGGGAAAUGGCGGAGGAACAGACGAAACUACAAUCUCAAUCCUUACACACAAAGAAUGUAUUUGGCACACUGCAGAGGCAUAGCGGUAUCAGUAGCACAUUAGUGAGCGCUAACAAUGACAAUAACUCGCCGCAUACCCCUGUAACUAGGAAGGGCUACAUUCCAAGUAGCAAAUAUGCAUAUAUGAUGAACUCACAGUCCCCAAGGGGGAAAAUAUAA